AUGCAACGCCAGGCGGAUAUGUGUCUUGCUAGUUUUUUCCGAAAAGAAAUCUUUUUUUAAAUGAUUAUUUUUUUAAUUCAAACAAAUCUUUCGAAAGGAUUCCCUGAUAGCUUGGCGUGAUUAUAUAUCGAUGACCAAUAAUACUGUAUCUACAUAUUGAAUAAUUUAUGUUUUUAACUAUAGAACUUUCGCGUUCUUUAAAACAAGGUUUUGUAGUUAAAGAAUAUUAAUAGUUACGACAUGGGAGUAGUUUUCUCGGUUUGAUAUUUUGUAUAAUGUUUGAUAUACGUUAUGAAAUGUGAAAGGAAAGACCGGGACGGACCUGAAGUUAGCCAGCUAAACUAACCAGGCAUGAUCAAACAGUGUCGGUGACUGAAGAAAUUUAGCUAGAUGCCUGACAGCGAGUAGGUAUGUUGUAGUCACCUGUACUACAGGCUAACACACCGAAAUCUUUCAGAUAGUAUUACGGUAAUUUGACUAGUUAGUCAACUAUAGUGGUCUCAAGUUGAAGGUCUCCACUCCACUUUUGGGUGCAGUUUGAGUAGACCGUUCCCCCCCCGAAAACCGCAUCAAGCUCAACUUCAGCAGAAUCAUCUCUCGACUUGCGGUCAAAUUAAAUGAUGACAAAGAUGCUGAAUAUUCUACUUGUCCUUGCAACACUAGUAGGUGCAGACGGUGUGUCACUCAGAAUAAUUCCAGCUGCAGAUGGCUUUUCGUUCAUCCGUCUAGUCCGUGGGGACAGUGACUGUGCGGGGCGCGUGGAGCUGCUCCAGGGGAAUCAGUGGGGGACAGUGUGUGACAAAGGCUGGGACCUGACAGAUGCUGACGUGUUGUGCAAGGAGCUGGACUGUGGGCUGGCUGAUAAAGCCGUCCGUGGAGCUGCGUUUGGAAGGGGCACCGGAGAGAUCUGGCUGAGGCACGUCAACUGUUCGGGCCAAGAGACGAGCCUGACGCAAUGUCCCAGGGUCGUCAACGGGAACCCCACCUGCACCCAUGAUAAUGACGCUGGGGUGAAAUGUUCAGGUACACUGUUGAUGCCCACCCUGUCCCUGCUCUCCCCUCACACCAUCUUCUCUCCCGGGGAGGCGGUUCGCUUCAGCUGUACUGUGCUACCGGGCCACCACCUGAAUUACUUCGACCUGUAUAAGAGGGGCAUAGCCAACCCGUUGAUGACUCAGCGGGUGGCCUUUGCCCAGUCCAGGGUGGAGUUUACUCUGCCAAACCAGAAGACUACUCAACAGGGCAGCUACAGCUGUCUGUACAGGAUCAAGGGUAUCCCUCCCUCCUCCUCCAUGCUCAGCUCUCCACCCAGCAACUCUAUCAACAUCACUGUGGUGGAGCUGCUCACCCCUCGGCACUGGUACAACACGUCCAUCGAGGCUCCCACAGGCUUUGUCAUCAAAGGCCACAGCUUCAACAUCACCUGCUUCACUGAGAAGCAGUAUCCUGGAGGUUCCUUCCAGCUGCGUCUGAUCCGCUCCAACGACACGGUACGCCAGUCGCUGCCCGCCCUCACUCCCUCUGUCACCUUCAGCUUCUCAAACGCACAGCUCUCCAACGAGGGCUACUAUUACUGCCUCUAUAUGGUCCAGCUUGACGGGAGAAUCUUCGUGUCCCGGGAGAGCCAACCGCUUCAUGUCUCCAUCAGAGACCCAGACCCAGUGUUGAGCCUUAUGGUGAUCAGCUGGCUAGCUUCUGCUCUGGCCUUCCUCGUGGCUCUCGUCGCCGUCAUCAUCAUCAUCAUCGUUGCCAGAGUCGAGCUCUGCAAGCAACGGGAGAACCCCUUGGCGCUAGAGCUAGAGACCAGAACCUGUGUGGACAACACGUACGUUGCCUUGGAUGAUGAGCUGGGCAGAUAUAUUGGAUAAAGAGAAGGACCAUGUGUUUGUGAGAGAACCAUCAAGAUGGAACCCACAAUGCAGACAUUCCUGAGCUUGACAACCUUCCUCAGGGAUGGGUCACAGACAGAGAUAGUGACACAAGACGAGUACCAAAGCACUACGUAGGAGCCAUACACACGACAUCUACUAGAACCUGAUAGAAUCCUGCAUUAGAACAUGACAACAACACUUGUAGGUAGAUAUGUUAAGCCAUCAUACAUAUACCAGGCACACUAUAAUGAACACUACAAUCAACUAACUAUAAAAGGACAAUGACUACAAUGACCCUAUGGGACACUUUGGCUUUUCUAGGCCAGUUCUCAUGACAAAAAAUCAGGUACAACUGACGAGACUGGACAUGAAUUCGACUGAGCACUAAAUUCCAAUGCCAAUGAUUUUAAUUGUUGAAUAAGACUGAAGGUCAGUUAAACUUUUUCACUAUUGACGUCAACAAGAGAACAGCGGACACUUGUUGGACUGAAGAUUGAUUCACUUUAAGGCGUCAGCAUACGGCAGUUCGGCUAGGCAACCGAACGAGUGUGGUCGCGUACUCCCUUAAAAGACCUUCGCUUGAAAAACAAGAGGCAGUAGUACUGUUUGUCCAGUUUGAGGCGCCGUAGCCAGUAUACACUUCCUCACAAUAGUCUGAAUUAAUCUAAGAUACAGUAACUAAAGAAAUCUGCAUUUUUUACGUUUUUUCUCAAGAGACUUUAGUUUUUUUUUUACAUCUAACUAAGAUGUUUGGUGCAGUAUUUCGCAAUGAAAAUAAUGUGCAUGACAACAUGUCGGUUUGAAGACCGAAAAGCACCCUAUCCCCUCAGCAUUGAAAUUAAGUGGACACUUGUGAUGACGUGUCAUGACAAAAGACGAGUAAUACACUUGGAGGGCGAGGGAGGAAGGGAUGAUUUUUAAAUAGACCGCCCUUACCCGGAAAUUCGUCCCUCGUUCAUCCCGUUAUGAUUAUGUUUUCAGCCAAUUAUGAUUGCAUGUCUACUUACAUUACAUAUAUAAGUAUUAAUAUACGCCUACUAUAUGACAGCUAGAAAAUGUAUUAGCUAAAUAACAUUAGCCUGCCUAGUUGGAACUUCCGAAGAAGGAAAAUGUUUUAUUUAUACAUUUUCCAAAAGCUAACCAAACAAAAACCUUACUUUUCUGAGACAUGUUUAUGCCUUCAUGCGCAUUAGUAGCACAAUUUCUGACUUAUUUAACAUUCGUUUUUACUUACACGUGUAUGUUGACUCCAUAUGUUGUUUUAAUUUUUGGCAUACUUGUCUUAGUGGAUGUACAAUCGCCGCGAAUUGAAUUAUGGGGAGUUUCAGGCCCCGAAGUGAACAUAAUUGUACACAAGCUUUUGAUUUUUUUUAAAUUUAAAUUAGAUUUUUUAUUAACAACAAAUCAAUACAUAAAGCACAUGAGGGAACACAAGCAUACAUAGAUUACAAACACUCGUCUAAAAACGAGGGGCUGACGUUGCAAACUUCCCUUGCUAAUCAUUUGGACCGCCCUCCAAGAUGGUGACGGGGAUUCCCCCAAGGGCAUAAGGCGAGGGUCUCUUUUAUGAAUUGGAAUCGCAAACGUCGUCUCUCGUUGAAUGAUAAGAGACUUUACGGAAUAAUCUCUGCUAUUGAUCAAUCACCGAAGAAGGGGUUCGGUUCGCCUAAAAAAAAUGUGUGCAUGAACAACAUUCAAAAACGUCACAAUUGUCAUAAUAUAAACACAAACUUCCGAACUGUUUCGGUUUGUAAGCAUGUGGAUGGAUGCUUUCAGUCUUGGCAGCAACCACUCCUGAUUGGUGGAGUAGUUUGAUAGCCUGGUCCCAGAUCAGUUUGUCCUCUUUUGCCACUGUUGGUAAGACAAUGACCACAGGAGUGGGCAACAUGGCAUAAACAGAUCUGGGACCAGGCUAGCCGUUUUUGAUGAUACUGGUAUUCAGGCAAAGCUUUGACUGUGAAGUCAGUUUGUUCUCUUCAGGUCUCUUGUUAAUAUGUUGUGUAUUUACACUAUUUAUUAGUUGAAUCCAUUUUUAUUUUAUUUUACAAGAUUGUAAAAUUAACACGAGGCUACAUCAAGGAUCAUGAAUUGUUGUUUUCACAGAUAACAGUCCAUGAUUAGUGAGAUAAAUGUGUAGUUAUGUUUCAGUAGAGGUGACCCAAGCGACCAUAGUUAGGAGGGGUAGCACAAACAGAGCUGGGAUCAUCUUGCUGGUAGUUAUGAUGUAGCCUCGGAAGCCCAGGAUCGGAUCGAUCUGGAAGUUAGAAUUUGCAAGACUAAUUGCUGUCCAUCUCCCGUAGAGACUGACUUGCUGAUGUCCAUCUCCACUAGAGACUGACUAGCUGAUGUCCAUCUCCACUAGAGACUGACUAGUUUAUUUCCACGAGACUGACUAGCUGAUAUCCAUCUCUAGUAGACUGACUAGCUGAUGUCCAUCUCCACUAGAGGACUGACUAGCUGAUGUCCAUCUCCACUAGAGGACUGACUAGCUGAUGUCCAUCUCCACUAGAGGACUGACUAGCUGAUGUCCAUCUCCACUAGAGGACUGACUAGCUGAUGUCCAUCUCCACUAGAGACUGACUAGCUGAUGUCCAUCUCCACUAGAGACUGACUAGCUGAUGUCCAUCUCUAGUAGACUGACUAGCUGAUGUCCAUCUCUAGUAGACUGACUAGCUGAUGUCCAUCUCUAGUAGACUGACUAGCUGAUGUCCAUCUCUAGUAGACUGACUAGCUGAUGUCCAUCUCUAGUAGACUGACUAGCUGAUGUCCAUCUCUAGUAGACUGACUAGCUGAUGUCCAUCUCUAGUAGACUGACUAGCUGAUGUCCAUCUCUAGUAGACUGACUAGCUGAUGUCCAUCUCUAGUAGACUGACUAGCUGAUGUCCAUCUCUAGUAGACUGACUAGCUGAUGUCCAUCUCUAGUAGACUGACUAGCUGAUGUCCAUCUCUAGUAGACUGACUCGCUGAUGUCCAUCUCUAGUAGACUGACUAGCUGAUGUCCAUCUCUAGUAGACUGACUAGCUGAUGUCCAUCUCCACUAGAGACUGACUAGCUGAUGUCCAUCUCCACUAGAGACUGACUAGCUGAUGUCCAUCUCCACUAGAGACUGACUAGCUGAUGUCCAUCUCUAGUAGACUGAGUAGCUGAUGUCCAUCUUCACUAGAGACUGACUAGAUGAUGUCCAUCUCUAGUAGACUGACUAGCUGAUGUCCAUCUCUAGUAGACUGACUAGCUGAUGUCCAUCUCUAGUAGACUGACUAGCUGAUGUCCAUCUCUAGUAGACUGACUAGCUGAUGUCCAUCUCUAGUAGACUGACUAGCUGAUGUCCAUCUCCACUAGAGACUGACUAGAUGAUGUCCAUCUCUAGUAGACUGACUAGCCGAUGUCCAUCUCUAGUAGACUGAUUCGCUGAUGUCCAUCUCUAGUAGACUGACUCGCUGAUGUCCAUCUCUAGUAGACUGACUAGCUGAUGUCCAUCUCCACUAGAGACUGACUAGAUGAUGUCCAUCUCUAGUAGACUGACUAGCUGAUGUCCAUCUCUAGUAGACUGACUAGCCGAUGUCCAUCUCUAGUAGACUGACUAGCUGAUGUCCAUCUCCACUAGAGACUGACUAGAUGAUGUCCAUCUCUAGUAGACUGACUAGCCGAUGUCCAUCUCUAGUAGACUGACUCGCUGAUGUCCAUCUCUAGUAGACUGACUCGCUGAUGUCCAUCUCUAGUAGACUGACUAGCUGAUGUCCAUCUCCACUAGAGACUGACUAGAUGAUGUCCAUCUCUAGUAGACUGACUAGCCGAUGUCCAUCUCUAGUAGACUGACUAGCCGAUGUCCAUCUCUAGUAGACUGACUAGCCGAUGUCCAUCUCUAGUAGACUGACUAGCUGAUGUCCAUCUCCACUAGAGACUGACUAGCUGAUGUCCAUCUCCACUAGAGACUGACUAGCUGAUGUCAAUCUCCACUAGAGACUGACUAGCUGAUGUCCAUCUCUAGUAGACUGAGUAGCUGAUGUCCAUCUUCACUAGAGACUGACUCGCUGAUGUCCAUCUCUAGUAGACUGACUAGCUGAUGUCCAUCUCCACUAGAGACUGACUAGCUGAUGUCCAUCUCUAGUAGACUGACUAGCUGAUGUCCAUCUCUAGUAGACUGACUAGCUGAUGUCCAUCUCUAGUAGACUGACUAGCUGAUGUCCAUCUCUAGUAGACUGACUAGCUGAUGUCCAUCUCUAGUAGACUGACUAGCUGAUGUCCAUCUCUAGUAGACUGACUCGCUGAUGUCCAUCUCUAGUAGACUGACUAGCUGAUAUCCAUCUCCACUAGAGACUGACUAGAUGAUGUCCAUCUCUAGUAGACUGACUAGCCGAUGUCCAUCUCUAGUAGACUGACUAGCUGAUGUCCAUCUCUAGUAGACUGACUCGCUGAUGUCCAUCUCUAGUAGACUGACUAGCUGAUGUCCAUCUCUAGUAGACUGACUAGCUGAUGUCCAUCUCUAGUAGACCGACUAGCUGAUGUCCAUCUCUAGUAGACCGACUAGCUGAUGUCCAUCUCUAGUAGACCGACUAGCUGAUGUCCAUCUCUAGUAGACUGACUCGCUGAUGUCCAUCUCUAGUAGACUGACUAGCUGAUGUCCAUCUCCACUAGAGACUGACUAGAUGAUGUCCAUCUCUAGUAGACUGACUAGCUGAUGUCCAUCUCUAGUAGACUGACUAGCUGAUGUCCAUCUCCACUAGAGACUGACGAGAUGAUGUCCAUCUCUAGUAGACUGACUAGCCGAUGUCCAUCUCUAGUAGACUGACUAGCUGAUGUCCAUCUCCACUAGAGACUGACUAGCUGAUGUCCAUCUCCACUAGAGACUGACUAGCUGAUGUCCAUCUCCACUAGAGACUGACUAGCUGAUGUCCAUCUCCACUAGAGACUGACUAGCUGAUGUCCAUCUCCACUAGAGACUGACUAGCUGAUGUCCAUCUCCACUAGAGACUGACUAGCUGAUGUCCAUCUCUAGUAGACUGACUAGCUGAUGUCCAUCUCCACUAGAGACUGACUCGCUGAUGUCCAUCUCUAGUAGACUGACUAGCUGAUGUCCAUCUCCACUAGAGACUGACUAGCUGAUGUCCAUCUCCACUAGAGGACUGACUAGCUGAUGUCCAUCUCUAAUAGACUGACUAGCUGAUGUCCAUCUCCACUAGAGGACUGACUAGCUGAUGUCCAUCUCUAGUAGACUGACUAGCUGAUGUCCAUCUCUAGUAGACUGACUAGCUGAUGUCCAUCUCCACUAGAGGACUGACUAGCUGAUGUCCAUCUCUAGUAGACUGACUAGCUGAUGUCCAUCUCUAGUAGACUGACUAGCUGAUGUCCAUCUCCACUAGAGGACUGACUAGCUGAUGUCCAUCUCUAGUAGACUGACUAGCUGAUGUCCAUCUCUAGUAGACUGACUAGCUGAUGUCCAUCUCCACUAGAGGACUGACUAGCUGAUGUCCAUCUCUAGUAGACUGACUAGCUGAUGUCCAUCUCUAGUAGACUGACUAGCCGAUGUCCAUCUCUAGUAGACUGACUAGCUGAUGUCCAUCUCUAGUAGACUGACUAGCCGAUGUCCAUCUCUAGUAGACUGACUAGCCGAUGUCCAUCUCUAGUAGACUGACUAGCCGAUGUCCAUCUCUAGUAGACUGACUAGCCGAUGUCCAUCUCUAGUAGACUGACUAGCCGAUGUCCAUCUCUAGUAGACUGACUAGCCGAUGUCCAUCUCUAGUAGAGACUGACUAGCUGAUGUCCAUCUUUAGUAGAUAAAGUUUGCCCUUUAGUAUCUGUGUGUCAGGGUUUUAUAUUUCACUCAGUUACCACAUUCGCCGCUAUCACUAAGUUCUGUUCGCCGUAUGUUGCUGUGAAUAAAUAAACAAAUAUAUUUAUUAUCUGUGAUCACAUUUUAUUCUCUACUAACCUGUAUUCAAUCAUUUUAAAGAAAGACAUGACAGAAAUUCUGUUUGAUACAUAAACAUUUAUUUUAAAGUUGGGAGAUUCAUAGGAAUGACUCAAAAUGGCUGGAUAGAAAAUAUGUGAAGAGUUACUGUCUCGCUGAAAAUAAUUUACUUGUAGACUGCAUCCUAUUUAUUCCCACUACAAAAGUAGUGCACUAUAUAGGGAAUAGGGUGCCAUAUGGGACGCGGCCUGUGCUCAAUAAACAUUCUUGUGUGACCAAAGUGAUCUCUGAUU